GACAAAUCGGUAUUCCUGUCACGCUCCUCAUCCUCAACCUCAUUUUUUGGUUCAUUCCAUUUGUUCCUUCGUUCCCUUCCUUGGUAAGCAAAGCAUCAGGGAUGGCCAUGGUCCAGCAAGGCAUCGCACCGAUUUCUCCUCCUACAGACAUCAGCCAUCAGGAUCAAGGCAAGGAACAAGAUAAUCUUCCAAUGAGGCAGCUCCAGCAGGAAGACUGUGAAAACAGCAGCCGACGUCACUGCGUGUACCCUGAAGAACUCGAUGUGUAUUCCCAGCCUGUUGCGACAGGAGUACCCAGCGUCGAACCCUCCAGGGUCCCAACUAAAGCCCCCACAGAGAUUCCAACUGGGGCUCCCACUGUUACUCCCAGUGCUACUCCCAGUGUCAAGCCCACUGUCACUCCCACUACCAAGCCCACGGGAGCUCCGACUGCGGCUCCCACUGCCAAGCCCACGGGAGCUCCGACUGUGGCUCCGACCAUGUUUACCACAGCUGAUGCGAAUGCCAAACCUCCUGCUUCUGAUCCUCAAGCCAAUCCUACACCUGAUACUACCACAGAAGCGCCAACCAGCAUUCCUACCAAAAUUCCCACGGCAGAACCAACUCGAGAUCCAACCAAACUUCCCACGAAGAGUCCAUCGCAAGCACCAACCCCAACACCAACAAAACAACCUACCAAUGAGCCAUCAAAGGCUCCCAGUGCUAACCCUACCGAUAGAAACACCAAUGAACCUACCAAAAUUCCCACUGAUAAUCCUACCGAAAACACCUCUGAGCCUACAAAGAAUCCCAGUGCUAUCCCGACGAAGAAUCCCAGUGCUACCCCUACCAACUUGCCCAGUGCCGUCCCUACCAAGUCUCCCAGCGUGAAGCCUACAACUAUGACUCCAACAAACUCAGUUCCCACUCUGAGACCAAGUGAAAAGCCCGUGACCGAGGAAUCAAUAUCAGCUCCAUCAGUACCACAGUCCACCCGUUCUCCUCGUCCCAAUGAAGCGUCUUAUGAGUUUACACUUUCUUUGGUCCCUACCGGUACUGAGGAAGGAACGACUGCUGCUGGCUCUACUCCCAUUCCAACAAAGAACCCUACGUCCCACCCAACCAAAGACAGCAUCAAUCAAGACGUCACAAAGACGACUCCUACCAUUACUCCCACCUUUGCCACGAAACAACCACACCAAACUUCAAUGCCCACCGUGAAACCAACUCUGGGAACCAUCGACAAAACGACUCCGUCCCCUACUUCGAAGCGCCCAACCUUGAGACCCAGCAAUCCUCCGACGGUACGGCCGACCAGUCACCCAAUUCCAAGACCAACUAUUGUCCCAACAGAGGUGCCAUCGACAACUGGAGCUGGUACCGAUGUCCCAACGUUGGUGUCAUCGACAACUGGUACUAGUACCGGUAUCCCCACUCGCAAUCCUACUUAUAGUGCUACGGGUAAUCCUACAAGUGCAGACUCCGAAGAGUCUGUAAAUGGUGUGCCAACCGUUGCUCCGACGGGAUCGGAGAGCACGCAAGAGCCCACUGGUACAGGUGCUACAGCCAGCCCUACCUUAGUCCCCACAAGAAAAACGUUGCGUCCAACACAGGUUUCUACAUCGAAUGCUGACCCAAUGCCCAAUCAAUUCGCCCCACCCACGCCAGGACCAGAUGCCACAACCAACCCCACAGCCACAGCCACAACAACAACAACAGUCCAGCCAUCCUCGUCCUCCCCUGGCGCAUCUGGUAGCGCCCAAUGCGAAUCUGACAGUGAAGGGAACUUCGGGCUGACUAUACCCUUGUACUCGGACGCGGAAACGUCGACAGGGAGCAAUGUCCAUCUGGUGGAAUAUCGAUACCAAGUCGAAACCACGCCAAAGUUCGAGAUCACUGAAGACGACCUGAACAGCGGCAUAUUGCGGAGUAUGGAAAAGGCCAUUAGCGAUCUGUUAGUCACGUCUUUCUUCCCAGCGAGUGCGGGCUUCCUUUGCAAUAAAGAGGCCAGCACCACUGGCAAUAUGAGCUCUGCUGCGGAAGUAUCGCUGUCAAAAGCUGCUCACUUCCAUAGAGUGCUAGUGGGGGGCGGGGAUACAGCCACUCAGUGGGGCAAUAAAACAAGCAACGUGGUUGUGGGGCUCGCCGCUGAUCCUCCAGACCUUGUUGCUGCGGGGAUUGAAGGGGUUUCCUGUCCCUUUCCUCUGCAUAUCGCGAUUUCUGAAGAAGACUUGGGAGUUCCUGCUUGCUAUGUGAUUGACGGGGAACUAUCCAUAUUCAUGGGUGGGAACAUAGAGUCAGCCGGAGAUUUGUCGUGGGUGGACAACAUGGUUCAGCAGGAGCUGGAAUUUGCUAUGAACACGGGCGAGCUUGACGAUGUCGAUCCUGCGAUAUCCUUCGUUCGAUACAUUCCAUCGGAAACGGGCUUGAAUGACACGGACACCGGUAGUGGAACGUCCCCAGGCGAUGUUGUGUUCAUCGAAGAAGAGCCCGUGGAUGUCACUCUAUCGUCCACUCCAAGCUGGUCCUGGAUCAUAGCAGGGUUUGGCUUUGUAGGUAUUGCCCUUGUUCUUGUUUUCAUUACGGUUUAUCAACGACGUCAAAACAUUGAGGGCAACGAUUUUGAGUCGACAAGGAAUUCCCAUAGAGGAGCAUUCCCCGUAGUCGAAAUCGUUGACGAAAACUCAGAGUUCGACAACGAUGAAAUAUACAAGGACGACGAAGAGGACGAGAACAGUAUACUAGAGACGCACCAACCCGCUAGCUGGAGACAAGUGACAAAUCGUUCGCAAACAAGUGAAGAAUAUUCCCAUCUUGAGAUCAAUAGCACCGACCCCAACCAGCCAGUGGUCAAGCCCGUUUUGGAUGAAGAAGCGGAGACGUUUAUCAAUAAUGUUUAGUAGUUGUUGCCAACCAUACAGUAGCUCAGAAGUACAUGCAGCCGCACACAGCGAUACAAAGAGUAGCUAGCUCCUAGUUGCAGCACUUUGUGGGGGCUGCUCCACAGUGGUGGGUGAAAGGUUGCUUUGGGCGCCCAAGCUCUAACAUAAAGAACAAGUACUGCAGUUGAGAAGUCCAACUAGCUAGUAGAGAAGGCAAGGCCUCCUUCCGAAGGCUGAGUACAGUAGUGCCGCUGUCCUUUGGCUACCGGUACAUGGAAUGGAUGCCUUGAACAACAAUCCCUACCACGCACUUGCAAUGGCUGCAUUGGAACUGCCAGGUGAAGAGGCCUGACAACGUAUGACCAUACACUCUUCUGGGAGGUUGCCCCCUCCUCUUGAUGCCUAUCAUUAAUGUACCGGAAUCAUAGCGGGGUUAUUUGGAGGAGGAAAGACCCGCCACUGCUCUAGUAGUUAUUAAUGCUUCAUUGAAGUUUCUCGUUGCUACCGCAGUUUCAAGCAACCCGAUGGGUGACGCUGAAUGGUGCUUGGCUGAUCAUGCCUGGCUACUAUUAAUAGCUAGUGGCUGGUUCGCGCACCACAAGCAGCCACCCAGACAUUGGUCUGCAGUGAGCAGGUGAACGAGUUACUGCAAACGGUUUGUAUUAUUGGUUUGACCUGUGGCGAUUAUCUUCAAGGGCAAGGCCAGCCAUCUGGCAACGCUGCCAGGUCAAGGCCACUCCCACGAUGCCUGGAUAUUUUCAUGCUCUCCACCACGUAACUGUCCCCGUUGUAGAUGAAGUUGCUUGACUUCGCCACCUUAGAAAAGCGGCUUCCAGAGGAGAGCUUGGAGUACUGGUGUACCAUACCGGUAGCAGACCGUCACUGCAUGGCUGUGUCUUAUUUAUGCAGCCAUCUUGUCGUCUUGUGCGUCUCCGUCCCGCGAAAGUACGACGAGUGACGAAACGAGUCUGAUACCAGCCACAGGUAGCUACCGUAUACCGUAGAACUGCCAACUAAUCUGCCACAUGCUGAGUAGAAGGCCUCACAGAAUCGACUCGACUGAGACUCUGACGAUAGACGCAGACAUUUGUGGUUGGUACCUGGUAGCUGUUGGUUUCGAGUUUCGAGGCCAAUAGGCUCCAGGUCAGACCCAAGACAGAGAGCUUGCGGUAGCUUUUCAGGCCUGGAACUGGAACAACGGCAGUAAAGCUAGUGCGAAUAGCUCCCGGUACUGCUCUCGCUGGCUGGCUUAGUACAUGCCUACGAGUAUCGUAUGCCUAGCUAGACUCUACUACUAGCUACCGGUAGCUAGGACUGUGACCUAUGAGUCGAGCACUGAGCACUACUCUGCAGUGGUGUGGUGGUUGAGCUCAUUAUGUCAACUCAGCACUGUCGGUAGAGCUGUCGGUACAUGUAGCUAUCAUAGCUAGCUAGAUUGCGAUUCAGGAGCUUAACCAGUACCGGUACCACUGCAAUUCCUUCGACACUGUAUUUUCUGUAUUGAUGCGUCAUUUGAGGUCAAGGUUGUUUCAGACUUUCUAAUCAAUUCGACUUGAAACCUUUUACCUUUUUAAAAAUAAGGCUGUUACUAGAGUAAUCUCAAAUUAUUUGCAGUCUACUGAG